AUCCUCCUCCUCCUCAUGGACGAUAUGGGUUGGGGUGAUGUAGGUGCUUUCGGGGAGCCUUCGAAGGAAACUCCUAACCUAGACCAGAUGGCUUCAGAAGGGAUGCUGUUCUUGGAUUUUUAUACUGCCAACCCCCUCUGCUCUCCAUCAAGGGCAGCGCUGCUGACAGGUCGCCUCCCAGUCAGGAAUGGAUUUUACACCACGAAUGCACACGCCAGAAAUGCAUACACACCACAGGAUAUAGUAGGAGGAAUUCCAGAUUCUGAAUUACUGCUUCCAGAGCUGCUGAAGAAAGCUGGCUACGUCAGUAAGAUCAUUGGCAAAUGGCAUCUGGGUCACAGGCCCCAGUUCCACCCCCUGAAGCAUGGGUUUGAUGAAUGGUUUGGAUCCCCAAACUGCCAUUUUGGACCUUUUGAUAACAGAGAGCUCCCCAAUAUCCCUGUGUACAGGGACUGGGAGAUGAUCGGCAGAUAUUAUGAAGACUUCAGGAUUGAUCGGAAAACAGGUGAAGCCAACUUGACUCAGAUCUACCUGCAGGAAGCUCUCGAUUUCAUUAGCAAGCAGCAGGCCAGCCAGCAGCCUUUCUUUUUAUACUGGGCAAUUGAUGCUACCCACGCUCCUGUUUAUGCCUCCAAACAGUUCCUGGGCACCAGUCAGAGAGGACUCUACGGGGACGCCGUGCGAGAAAUCGAUGAUAGUGUUGGGAAAAUCCUGAAACACCUUCAGAAGCUGGGCAUCAGUGAGAACACUUUUGUGUUCUUCACCUCUGACAAUGGGGCUGCUCUCAUUUCAGCUCCAGAAGAAGGAGGAAGCAACGGUCCUUUUCUAUGUGGCAAAGAAACCACCUUUGAAGGUGGCAUGAGAGAGCCAGCUAUUGCUUGGUGGCCUGGACAUAUACCUGCAGGAGGGGUCAGCCAUCAGCUGGGGAACGUGAUGGAUCUCUUCACCACCAGCCUCUCCCUGGCGGGACUGCAGCCUCCCAGUGACAGACAGAUUGAUGGCAUCGACCUUUUACCUGCCAUCUUGCAGGGCAAGCUAAUUGACAGGCCCAUAUUCUAUUAUCGUGGCAACGAGAUGAUGGCAGUGAGAGUCGGGAUUUACAAGGCUCACUACUGGACCUGGAGCAACUCCUGGGAGGAGUACAGCAAGGGCAUCAAUUUCUGUCCUGGCCAGAAUGUCUCUGGAGUGACAACACACACAAAGGAGGAGCACACGACCCUGCCACUGCUUUUCCACCUGGGAAGGGACCCUGGAGAGAAGUACCCACUAAGUUUUGUCAGUGAUGAAUACCAGAGGGCUAUGGAGUGGAUAUCUGGGGUUGUCCAGCAGCACAAAGCCACCAUGUUGCCAGGGGUGCCACAACUGAACGUGUGUGACAAGGCUGUCAUGAAUUGGUCUCCUCCGGGCUGUGAGAAGUUGGGGAAGUGCCUGAAACCCCCCAAAUCUGAUCCUAAGAAGUGCUUUUGGCCUCAUUGAUCUUCUCUGCAGCCCUCAAGAGCUGCACAAAAAAAACCCCUCCAAGCUGCUGGACAGAGAGUUUACAAGGCAUGUCUUCUCAUGUUGGCACUCCUGUUUACACAGGAAGGGUGUGAUGGAUGCAUGAUAUCAUCAUUUGCUCUUCCAAAAGGGCAGUGUUUAUAUUGCUGGAGCUCAGGGCUUAGACUGUGCCCUGCUGGUGGUGCAGUUGUUCCCGUAAAUGGUAACUUCUCAGUGAAGACCAUUUCAGCUGUGAGAGCUCUCUGGACAGCCACAACUCUGCCAUCAGCCCAGAAAAGCCUUGGAUGCACCUUUCCUCUUGCUCCUUCCACCCAACCUGCUCUCCCAAACCACUGCUCGCUCGGAUGCCCCAACAGCAGCCACGGAGGCUGGUUCAGGAAGCUUACAGCUGCCAGAGAUCCCAGCCCAAGCUGCUCUUGUUUGGUUUGCCUGUAACUUGUUGUUUUAACCUUGGAAUUUCCAUUGUGAGCUCUUUGGACACCAACUUGUUUUUCCUUUCUUACUAAACUCGUGAGUGCUGGGUACCAGACUGCUGCUGGUUGCACACAAGAGCUCCCUCCUGUUCCCAGGCAAGGGGAAAACAGUCUGCCUUCCUUUUCA